AAUAUAUAUAAUGACAAGUGCAAGAGUGUUAUUGAAGGAUGAACUUGACAUAGUGAUUCCAACCAUAAGGAACCUCGACUUCCUGGAGAUGUGGAGGCCGUUCUUCCAGCCAUACCAUCUCAUCAUCGUUCAAGAUGGUGACCCUUCAAAGACCAUUAAGGUACCUGAUGGAUUCGACUAUGAGCUCUAUAACCGCAAUGACAUUAACAGAAUCUUGGGUCCCAAGGCUUCUUGCAUCUCCUUCAAGGAUUCUGCUUGUCGUUGCUUCGGUUACAUGGUCUCCAAGAAGAAGUAUAUCUACACCAUUGAUGAUGAUUGCUUUGUUGCAACUGAUCCAAGUGGAGCAAAGAUUAAUGCACUUGCACAGCAUAUACAGAACCUUCUCUGUCCAUCAACACCUUACUUCUUCAACACUCUGUAUGAGCCUUACAGAGAAGGUGCAGAUUUCGUUCGCGGCUACCCUUUCAGUCUUCGAGAAGGAGUUCCUACUGCUGUUUCUCAUGGACUUUGGCUUAACAUCCCAGACUAUGAUGCACCAACUCAGCUUGUGAAGCCUCUUGAGAGGAACACUAGAUAUGUGGAUGCUAUUAUGACAAUUCCAAAAGGGACAUUGUUUCCAAUGUGUGGAAUGAACUUGGCAUUUGACCGUGACCUUAUUGGACCAGCAAUGUACUUUGGUCUCAUGGGUGAUGGCCAGCCAAUAGGACGCUAUGACGACAUGUGGGCUGGCUGGUGCUGCAAGGUAAUAUGUGAUCACUUGGGAUUAGGAAUCAAGACUGGUCUGCCCUAUAUAUAUCACAGCAAGGCAAGUAAUCCAUUUGUAAACCUUAGGAAAGAGUACAAAGGAAUAUUCUGGCAAGAAGACAUUAUCCCAUUCUUCCAGGAUGUAGUUCUUUCAAAAGAAGCCACCACUGUUCAGAAGUGUUAUGUUGAGCUAGCAAAGCUAGUCAAGGAUAAACUCUCGAAAGUUGAUCCUUACUUUGACAAGCUCGCUGAAGCCAUGGUCACUUGGAUUGAAGCUUGGGACGAUCUUAACCCCCCUGCAAAAUCAAAUGCCAAUGGCAAAGCAUGAUGCAGUUAUAUAUGUAUGUUGGUGUAAUUUAUGUUGUUAUGUUCAAGUUGAAGCAUUGGUAGGUGUAAUUUGAUUUAGUAACUUCCUUCCUUGAGUUUUAGAUACAAUAAAGUACAAGAGUGUUAGAAUCAUAGGGCAUUGCUUUGUUUUGAUUUUUUGUCUGAUGGGGUAGAACAUUGAGUUUCAUGCGAAAUAAAUUGUUAUAGGAAGGAUA